AUGAGAGAUUCCAAGAUCAUCACCCUCUACAAGAAGAAGGGUCAGCGAAGCGACUGCAACAACUACAAAGGCAUCUCACUACUCAGCGUUGGGUGCAAAGUCUUCGCUCGGGUCAUCUUGGUCCGCCUGCAGAAACUCGCCGAACGUAUCUACCCAAAGUCUCAGUGCGGUUUCCAUACUGAAAGAUCAACGAUAGGCAUGGUCUUCUCCCCUCUGCCAGCUCCAGAAGUGCAGAGUUCAACAGAUGCCCCUCAUGCAUUCGGCACAUCAACGGAAGGGAUUUACCUGCGUACGAGAUCAGAUGGCGGGCUGUUCAAUCUCGCUCGCCUCAGAUCCAGGACCAACGUACAUGAGACCCUUGUCAGAAAGUCGCUGUGCGGUUUCCGAGCUGAAAGAUCAACGAUAGCCUUCUCCCUCCGCCAGCUCCAGGAGAGUUCAACAGAUGCCCCUGUACGCUUUCAUCCGACCACAUCACUCUGCACCAAAACACCCUGCACUACACCCGGAGAGGACACCCCAGCUUCGCCUUUGGCGUCGAUACAACACGCAGAACGGCAGUUACCGGUUAUAUGCUACCACCCGAUUGGCGUAAACCGCUGCGCCAGGGAGAUUUUCGGAUCUCAUUGGACAGGUACCGCCCGUCUCAAGCUGGGCAGCACCCAACCAGUAAGGUUAUGUCCCGCCACGGUCUGA